GUGACGUAGUUACGUUUUAAAUCGUGCGGGAGCAAACUGGGGUGAACCGUGACCGCUGCUGCGCUCGGCAGCUCUCCGCCAAAGCUUUUCUGGUGAAUAAAACCACCUUCAUGUCCACUUAAAUCAGAGCGUCUCAGAUCCGCGCUGCCAGGACAAGACAUGGACCUGCACAAGAUUAUCCAUGCUGCGCUGCAUGAGUUUAUUCAGGCUUACAUCCCUGAUGCAGAUUUGAGCACUCUGGAUGAUGUUCUUCUGUCGUACAUCACUGGAGUCCUGGAGGAUCUUGGCUCGCAGCAGAGUGUGGAGGAGAACUUUGAUGUGGAGGUCUUUGCAGAAAUGCUCGAAGCUUACAUUCCAGGGUUUGCAGACAUUGACAGUGUCAAAGUCUGUGAGAUGAUGUUCAGCCUGGCGUCUAAAUUGGCAAACGCUCGGUCGGCAGGUGGUGAGGAAAACUGUGAGCCAAAGACAAAUGACAGUCUAUUUAAAAUCUCCUCACUGAGCAGCACGGCUCAACCUGGAGGGGAACUGCAGUGUCUCCAAAGGCAGACAGAGGGCGCUACUGCCAAGCUUCCAGUGUCAGAGUGGGAAAGUCAGGAGCAGCACCUGCUGGAGAUGUUUCCUAAAUGUAGCCUCUCAGAGGCUCGCAGUGCUCUGUCUAUUGCUAAGGGCGACAUGGAGGAAGCGGUGCGGCUCAUCAUUGAAGGGGACGUGCAACUGAGCCCCACUCCUCUCGAGGUGAACAAUGGGAAGAGCAUCGCGUCACUGGCGGAUGAGAAACUGAAAGAGAGCAUCCUUGAGAAGUACAUGCUGGUCGACAGCGAAGAAGAUAAAAAGACACACCGGCCCGUCGCCCCCAAAGAUGCCCCCAAAAAACUGGUCCGUUACCACGGUAACCAGGUGGUGACAACCAAAGGGGAGCGCUACCAACUGGUAAAGAAGGACGAGACCGAGGACAUGAAGAAGACGUACGUGAACCUCAAGCCGGCGCGGAAAUACAGGUUCCAUUGAUGACAAGCAGCUACUGAGUCCCUGAGUUUACAGUAUUUAUUUUAAUUUUGGCCUUAUAUUCUGUUGGAUAUUCACAACCCGAAGUACGUGAGCGUGCCUGUGGCUUCUUUUGGGAGAUGUUUUAACCAUUAUCUGCCUUUGUUAAAGAUGUGGUUCAGUUCUUUCUUAACGGAGGUUUAGGCAUUUAGCGUCGCAAAAUAGUGGGACUGUUGUGACUUGUGUUUGCGUAGCUGCUUAUACUGGAUAGCUCAGCAGGUCUGACAGUGCACUGGCUCCUGAGUUCUGUAAAUAUUACCAUGAAUAAUAAUAUUUUUCUUACAUGCUCUGACUAUAGCGUGUUCUCUGUAACUCUAUGGUGCUGUAGACUGUCUUUUAGAUAAACCCUCCAUGUAAAUAUUGAUGCCCAUUUCAACAGAGAAGCAGCAGAUGUGGUUACUCGCAACAUGUAGAUAGUUUAGAAAUGUAACAUCGGGGGAACCGUCGAGUGUCGUUCUGCAACCACAUGAUAUUUUUGACAGUCGUUAUAUUUUCAUAUUAAACACUCAACUUGAAUCAAACUUAAAACAGCACCAGAGCUGGACUGAUCUCGACUUUGCUAAAAUCUGAUUCAGUAAAGUUCAAAAUUCUGUAAA